CAAUGCUUUGAGAAGCCUUCAAAUCUGUGAACUUCGUGAGGUCCCUCGCCAGCUCGUACUCAUGAUACCGCAUCUCCGGAUGGAGUGAUAUCACAAAGCAACUCAAGGACUUAACUAUUAUGCCCGCGCGUGUGGUUCAGUAAACCCAACACUUGCUCGACAUGAUGGGUCAUUGUCGUCUCAUGAGAACCAACAUUGCCAAAUUGACUGGAAUUGGCGAAUUCUACAGCGUGGCCUCGUACAAUCAGUUCGAACAACCUGAUCACAAAUGCCAAAUGACCAGAUGAAGCCAAGGCCGCCACCUCGUGUUUCAAUAUUCAACCUUCCUCUUGAAAUCCGGCAUCAGAUCUACGACUCUCUGAUCGAGGAGAGAGUAUUCACAUGGCCGGUACCGUCGGUAGGUUUCGCAUCAAUCUCGCACUGGCCGCCAUCACCAGACGUGCUCGACAUUCAUCCUCAAAUAGCCCAUGAAUUCCGGAAUCAUUUCUACAGCACUACCAAUUUGAGGUUCACGCUGGGUCGCGCUUUCCGUCAAUGGCAAUAUCACGAUCAUCCACGCAUCUCGGACGGCGAUGCAGAAUACAUCACCAAGGUUGAGGUUAUGUUCAUCAUCGGAGACAAAACAUUGAACUCAUCCGUUGAGUCAUUGUGCUUGGACUUGCGACGGCGUGUCUCUUAUCUGUGCAAUUUGUUCUCGACAAUGGCAAGAUUGAAGGUGGUUGUGAUCAGCUGGACCGAUAUGACCCGCUCCGGCCUGUGGGAUGCAAAGGCUAGCAUCCUUUUAGGGUUGGGACAGCUCAAUACGGAAGCGACUGCAAACAUCAGAAAGGUGCAGAUUGUGGUGGGCAAUGUCGUGGUAACAGAUAGCGAUGAUCGUAAUCGAAUCAUCAUGACAAUCAACAGUCUGAUGGCAGGCUCUGAUAAGAUGAGUGUGCCUUAUUAGCCAGGCGACCUACUGCAUGAAGGUGGUCAUGCGAGCCGGGGAGCCAACAACCAUUACUAGGUAGAUCAGUAUAUGUAUUGUUUCCCACUGA